CUUCCGGUGGCCCUGUUGGAAAUUUUGAUAGGGUUGCCAUUUUCACCAAAUAUAUAAACGGCCAGUACAGUUAUUAGGGAAUGCAGAACGCACGAUGAGUUUUAUUUUAUUUGCGAGUGCUAAACACCAGAGGAAAAAACACUAAAGUGAAAAAUGGCAGACUCUGUAGUGAUGGGCAGCGGAUCUUUUAACUCCGGAAGCCGCUCGGGGAGCAGUAAGACCAGCACGAGUCCUACAGAGAACUAUCAGCUGGCUCGGAGACGCACGCUGCAGGUGGUGGUCAGCUCUCUGCUGACAGAGUGUGGCUUCGAGAGCGCUGAGAAAGUGGCGGUGGAGACACUCACCGAGAUGAUGCAGAGCUAUAUAACUGAGGUUGGACGUUGUGCGAAAGCGACCUGUGAGCACACAGCUAGAAGCACCCCUACGCUCUCUGAUGUGGUCGUCACGCUGGUCGAAAUGGGUUUUAAUGUGGAUACUCUUCCAGUGUACGCCAAAAGAUCUCAAAGGAUGGUCAUAACUGCACCUCCAGUAACAAAUGCUCCAGUCGUCCCAAAAGCCCUCAUGGCCGGACAGAAGCGCACUCAUCCAUCAUACAUCCCCGGCCACUUCCCUGAAUUCCCAGAUCCUCACACAUACAUCAAAACACCUACCUUUCGAGAGCCUGUGUCAGAUUACCAGGUGGUGAGAGAGAAGGCGGCAUCACAAAGGAGAGAUGUGGAGCGCGCGCUCACACGCUUCAUGGCCAAAACAGGAGAGACGCAAAGCCUUUUUAAGGAUGACAUCAGUGCAUUCCCUUUAAUCUCAGCAAAGCCGAGCGCCAUCCCUUACCUCAGCGCCCUGCUGCCCUCUGAACUAGAGCUUCAGUCAUUGGAGGAGACGGAUUCAUCUGAGCAGGAUGACCAGACAGACACAGAGAACAACCCCAGUCACAUUAUUCAGGAUGACCAAAGUGCAGAUAAGGAGAAUGUAGUGCUGCCGCCUGGUGGUGUUGUGCCUACAGGGAAGGCCAAUGAGGAAAACAUGAUUGACAACCCAUAUCUUCGGCCAGUCAAAAAGCCCAAAGUGAGAAGAAAAAAAUGAAAACUGAUAUAUGGACUCUGCUACUUCAACAUCAGCUGGUCACACUGUGCCCCUUGAAGUUACAUAUGAACAUAUGAAGAACCAGAGUCUUCAACAAUUGCAAUUUGGAAACACGCAGUAGUCCAUCAUGUUACUUACAUUUGAUUCUUCUAGAAUCUGUUCUGUACAUCUGAAAAAUAUUAGAUGGAAUUCAAACAGGUGACUUCCCUAAAGUCAAGUUACACAGUUGAUUUUUGGUAGUUUGUUUUGAUAAGCCUUCCCUUAAAAUAUUGUUUAGUUUUUACAGUUCUUAACAACACAUCAGAAAUGUGACAUUCUCUUUUGAUUUGUAUGUAUUUGUUACUUAUUUGUGAAUGAUGGUAAUAAAUGUCUUCCAUUGUUUAAGGCAUGAUUUCAAAAGAACAAGUUGAAAAUUAAACCAGAACGUGGGUAUAAUGUAAAAUCUCCAUUAUGAA